CUGCCUGCGAAGGGCUCCAGCCAUGCCUUGAGUGAAGGGACCGGGGACAGUCCGGGAGGGCUGGCCGAGAGCUCUAGCACCGCAGCCCCCCUUCCCUUCCCUUCCUUCCCUCCCCCGGGCAAGGCAGGCAGGCAGGCAGGGAGCUAGCUGCUCCUGCUGCUGCUUCUGGUGGAGCGUUGCAGAGCGGAGCAGAGAGCGGCAGGCUGGAGGCAGCGCAGGUUCCCGGCGAGAAACUGGAGCCCGGGGCUUCUUUGGCUGGGAGCGCGCGGGGGAGGAGGAGGAGGAGGAGGAAGAGGGGGCGGCGGAGGAGCAGGAGGAGGCGGCGGCGGCGGCGGCGGAGGAAGCGUGCACUAUGCCUUUAACGCCUGGGUCCAGUAGUAGCCAUGCCUAGCGGGGUAGUGUAGUAGGGAAACUCUAGGCGGGGUUAAAGUUCAGCUCAUGGAGCUGAUCCGCGCGGGCUGCAGUUGGGCAGAGUUGGAAAUGUGAAAGCAAGAAGCAGGCUCGGGUCUCUUUUCCCCUCCCCUCUUUCUUUUUUUCCCUUCCUCUCUUCUCUCUCUCUCUCUUCUCCCCUCUCUCUCUCUCCCUCCCUCCCUCUCCCUCCCCUCCCUUUCUCUCUCUCUCUCUCUCUUUCCCUCCUCACACACCUCCAAGCCACAAAACCCCCCACAGCAAGCAUGUAUUCUCCUCUCUGUCUCACCCAGGAUGAAUUCCAUCCAUUCAUUGAAGCACUUCUUCCCCAUGUCCGAGCGUUUGCAUACACAUGGUUCAACCUACAAGCUCGAAAGCGAAAAUACUUUAAAAAACACGAGAAGCGUAUGUCAAAAGAGGAAGAAAGAGCUGUGAAGGAUGAAUUGCUGAGCGAAAAACCUGAGGUCAAACAGAAAUGGGCAUCCAGACUUCUGGCAAAGCUACGGAAAGACAUCAGGCCUGAAUACCGAGAGGAUUUUGUUCUAACUGUCACAGGGAAAAAACCUCCAUGUUGUGUUCUUUCCAAUCCAGACCAGAAGGGCAAGAUGAGAAGAAUUGACUGCUUACGCCAGGCAGAUAAGGUCUGGAGAUUGGACCUUGUUAUGGUGAUUUUAUUUAAAGGUAUUCCGCUUGAAAGUACUGAUGGCGAACGCCUUGUAAAGUCCCCACAGUGCUCAAAUCCAGGGCUGUGUGUACAGCCGCAUCAUAUAGGAGUUUCUGUUAAGGAACUCGAUUUAUAUUUGGCAUACUUUGUGCACGCAGCAGAUUCAAGUCAGUCUGAAAGUCCAAGCCAGCCAAGUGAAGCUGAUAUUAAGGACCAGCCAGAAAAUGGACAUUUGGGCUUCCAAGACAGUUUUGUCACAUCAGGUGUUUUCAGUGUGACUGAACUAGUAAGGGUCUCACAAACACCAAUAACUACAGGAACAGGCCCUAAUUUCUCACUCUCAGAUCUGGAAAGUUCCUCAUACUAUAGCAUGAGUCCAGGAGCAAUGAGGAGAUCGCUACCAAGCACUUCCUCUACCAGCUCUACAAAGCGCCUCAAAUCUGUAGAGGAUGAAAUGGACAGUCCGGGUGAAGAGCCAUUUUAUACAAGCCAAGGGCGGUCUCCAGGAAGUGGCAGCCAGUCAAGUGGAUGGCAUGAAGUGGAGCCAGGAAUGCCAUCGCCAACUACAUUAAAGAAGUCAGAGAAGUCUGGUUUCAGCAGUCCCUCGCCUUCGCAGACCUCCUCCCUUGGAACGGCAUUCACACAGCAUCAUCGACCUGUCAUUACAGGACCCAGAGCAAGUCCACAUGCAACACCAUCGACUCUUCAUUUUCCAACAUCACCCAUUAUUCAACAGCCUGGGCCAUACUUCUCACACCCAGCAAUCCGCUAUCAUCCUCAGGAGACUCUGAAAGAGUUUGUCCAACUUGUCUGCCCCGACGCUGGUCAGCAGGCUGGACAGGUGGGGUUCCUAAAUCCCAAUGGUAGCAGCCAAGGCAAGGUGCACAAUCCAUUCCUUCCUACCCCAAUGUUGCCGCCACCACCUCCGCCACCAAUGGCCAGGCCUGUGCCUCUGCCAGUGCCAGACACAAAACCUCCAACUACGUCAACAGAAGGGGGUGCUGCCUCUCCUACUUCACCAACCUACUCGACACCCAGCACCUCCCCUGCAAACCGAUUCGUCAGUGUUGGACCACGGGAUCCAAGCUUUGUAAAUAUCCCUCAACAGACACAGUCCUGGUACCUGGGAUAAAACUCACAGCUUCCCACCAUCCGCCAGACCGACCACCUGACCCCUUCCCAACUCUGUAACAUGGAAGCAGCCGCAGUGCAGUGCAGUUACUUCACCUCUGUGGAAGGGAAGAUGAACAGAUACUGACAGCAAACAACUGCUCAUAUUCAAAAAUGGCAAACGUUAUGGUUGAUCAACAAAGGCCAUAACAUUGUUCGGGGGCAUGGGGAGGAGGGGAAUUUUUUUAAAAAAAGAAGAACACCUUAGUGACCGGUGUAAUUUCUCGUAUGGUGCUGGAAAAGUUUGGGCUUCAUACUUUUUGAAGUGUUCAAUUGGUAGUGUAAGCAUUAGGGACACUGGGUAGUAGAGCUAGCCUUCUGGCUGCUUACUGACUUGCUGUUAUAACACUUUCCAUAUGGCGCCUAACUGUUUUACAGUAUUUUCACUGAUUUUUUCCCCAUACAGGUGUGAGAACUUCUUGAGAAAUCACAAGGAACACACAUAAAAGAUAACUUUUGUAGUAGCUGAAUUCUGCAAUAUAGAAUUUACAGGACAGACCUGGGGCUUGGGUUUUGUUUUUUGUUUUCUUUUUCUGUAAUAUAUCAAUUUUUUUAAAAAAAAUUACAGUCAUAAGUUAGUUAGAUAUGUGACAUGAAUCAUAAGAGCAUUAUCAACAGGUUGAUUUCCACCCAAGUUGCAGAGAAAUAUGAAAGAUCAACCUACCGCUGUUCACGUGAAAUAGAAAAAAGGUUUAAAUGCUGCAUUUACAUAAAAGCAUUUUGACGAUUUUCAACAAUGACAUAAAAUUCACAUGGAGAUGGGGAAGUUGGUCUGUUUUGAUAGAAACUGACAGAAGUCAAUCAAAACAAUCAAAUUUUGAAUUGAGAAAAGUGCAAUUUCAUUGGAUAGCUAAAUAUCUUUGUAAGAUAGAGAUUGUUGAAAAUUCUAUUUUUGUUUUCCAAGUCCUAUCACCCCAGGACUCUAAAUUAUUGGGGUAAAAAACAGCCUUGCAAGAAAAAAAGGGGGGAGCUAUUUUUGCUUUUUAUGUUUUUUAUUGUUAAACUUGUAUCCCUUUAAAAACUGAAGGAAAUUUAAAAAAAAAACAGAAUUUAAUGGUGCUUUUACCACAAUAUGUUAUCUACAUUAAAUGCUAAUUAAUCAUUUUCUGUUAUCAAAGCACAUAAUUAAAAUUAAAUCAUAAUAUCUGUUAAUUUUAUAAGCUAGAAGUCACUAUAAUAAAUUAUGCCAAUUCUGACAAAUCAUAUGUGUUUCCGGCAAUAUAGGGUAUUUCACUUCUCAAAAAACCUUGGACACAACCCAGAAGUAGGUAUGCUUAAACCUGUUGAAACAAGUGACUUUAAGCAUGCCUUACCCUGGAUUGGAUUGUGGCUCUUGAAAUAAUACAAGAGAGCUGUCCAGAAAGUAGAACACCUUUGUGUCCCUGAACUGGCCUUUUUUUUCCCCUGGACUGCAAAGGCAGCAAUACAGAAGCAAAAUGCUGAUUAUACAUCUUGUGCCAGUUCAAGGCAAGGACGCUUGCUUUUAAAAAAAAGAAGAGUGUGGACCCCAAAUGUCCUGUAUCUUAUGUACAAAAAAGAAAAAAAGGAAAAGGAAAAAAAUAGCAAAAAAAUGCAAGUGAUUUUUUUUCUAUCAGACAGCGGAGCACCCCUUUGCUUCCCAUGCAACUUUAAGAAGGUUUCCUAUAUUAUACAUAUAUAUACGUUCUGGUUGGCAAGUCUAGCUAAUCAGAGAAAGUCUCUGCAUGUUCUAGUGUUAGUAACUAAUUUUUAUAUAGUUAAUGUAGGGUAAAGUAGAGUGCAUUAAGACACAAUAUUGUAAUCCCUAAUCCAGGCACUUGCCUUUAAACUAUGUUUGUUCAGCCCUUCAGAAGGGUUUCUACUACUGUCCUAUACAAUCAAGUAAACUGAAUUUCUUGGGAAGACACUUUGCUCCUCAUCUUUUCCCUAAAACUAAUUUUUUUUUGUUUUGUUUUCUUGAUUUGCACGAAACAAAAAAAAAAUUCCAUAUCAAUGUGCCUUGCCCUGGAUAGCGAUUAUUUGUGGAAUUGUUGCACAUGUUCCUAUAUUGAAAGGGGUUUUUUCCCUAGUCAAGCAUUUGGAGACACUUUUUUGUAAAUGUGACUUUUAUGUCAGCCAUUGUCAGUUUCAGCAUCUUAGAACUGAGUAGUAUGUUAGUCGUUCCACAGAUAGGGGUAGUGUUUUCUUGUCCUGUACGGUCAGUGGCAGUGCUAUUCUAAGAUCUGUAGAUGCUAGAUUAUCAGUAUUUUUGAUGUUGCUGCAUUUUGCAUCUUAUUUGGAGUCUUCCUUUUGUUUUGUUUUUAAUUUUUUCCCAGAUAUAUGAAAAUAUGCAAUACCUGCUUAUAUCAUGUAGAAGAAAAGCUUAGCAAUUCUUAAUUUUUCUUUGACUUUUUUUUUUUUAUUUGACCAAAGUCGGUGCUGCAAUUGACGCAGUGUGUUUUAGGUGUUUGUCUUUGUACUUUUUUUGUUGUUGUGAUUUUUUGAAUGCACAUGCAGGAAGGGCUCUUCUUAGAGAAGCAGUCAAACUGUGAAGCACUAAGCUGAACCCUGCUUCAAGCAAUUUUUGUUUUACAACUGUUCCUUUCACAAGCAAGCCUUAAAAAAAAUCCCUUUUUCUUCAGAUCCCACACCCAUUUUUAUUAGCAGAUUGCAAUCAAUCCACAUUCAAUAAAAAGUAUAUAAUGCCCAUUUUUAUAUGCACGUUUUUAAACUUCCAAGUUCUGAAAAUUGUUUACUGGUUAUUCUCUAUUUAAAGAAAAAAAAUGUUUUGGAUUUUCAUAUAUGUCAAAUAAGUGGUUGAGUAGUCAUUUGCUCUGUUGUAUUGUGUGAUUGUUAGUAUUAUGGUAUCACAUCCACUAGCCAGCAUCUUUUGCCUUCCCUAUAGCACUUAGCAGGGCAUUACCUUAUUAAGACAUAUGUGCACUAAAAAAAUAAUAAUAAAAAUUAAAAAAAAAUUAGCAGCUUUCAGUGCUUCACAGUGAAGGGGGAAAAAAGCCUAGACAAACAUUUUGUCAGAACCUUGCUAUAAGCCAAGGUAUUACCAGUGAAUUGGUUGUAUAUACAACAAAAUUGCACCCUUUUUUUAAAAAUACAAACAAAGCAAACUAAGCAAUAGUUUGGGCAGAUAGUUGUUUUUAGUAAGCAUGUCGUAGUCAUGACCGCAAAGAGAGAGAAUCAAAGCUGCCCACUCAGAAGCGAUGUAAUUUGUAUGUUGUAUAGUUUUAUUGAUUACACUGAUUUAUUCUACCCUAUUUUAUAAUGCAGGACUUUUGUAAUGUUGUUUAAAUGAGGAAAAAUUUCUGUCAAAUUAGCUUAGUGGAAUUUCUGAUUGUUCGUUAUAAAGGCAGCAUUCAUAGAAUUGCUUUUUUUUCCCCUUUGGGAACUGGAUUUAAGUUUAAAACUUUCCUGUUUCCUUUUUGUAUGUAUUUAAAUACAGUUAUUUUUUUUUUCUUCUCUCAAUAGUAUAGCAUAUUCCUAUGCUUGAGAAGUAUAGGCUACUGAAGAACCAUUGUAAAUGGACAUUACAGAUAUGCUGUAUUUUUGAAGGUGUUUUAUCAUAUUAAGUUUGAAGAUGGUAAAGUUAGGAAAUUCUGGAUGGAAUUGCAGAAAACAAAUUGUUUUAAAGGCUUUAAAUGUUAGGUAGGCGGUCAGGGGUGUUUACCAACAGGGGUUGUAAAGUAUUAAAGACACUAAAUUAAAUCUUGGUUCCCAUUAUUAUCAUGCAGAAACACAGCAGUUCAGAUCUGUUCAGGUGUGGAGAACAAACAGAGUUUUAUUCCUCAAAGUAGAGCAGAGAAUGGAGAUCUGAGGGGAGACAACUGCAUGGGGUGUACAGUCUACAAUAGAGAAAUAAUCCUGGGUCACACUUAGCAAUCAGAUUCACAUGCACACUGCCCAUUUCAAAAUUGCAUUUCAUCCUUUGGGCAAACAACUUUUCUUUCUGAUCUUUUCUUUGAAAACCGACAGACGCACAACACCAACUUCUGCUCCCGUCUUCCACCUCACACAAAAUAAAAACAGUACCCCACUUGGAAUUGACACUACUAGAAAUGAUUUUGUUAUUCUCUUGACCCUUUUCAAAAUAGGACUCUAGCUUUUUCUUAUUCUGCACACCCCUGCAACAUUGUAAGCAUUCAUCUUAUUAUAUAUAUAUAUUUAAAAUGAUAGGCCAAUAUCACCCAUGAGUAUACCUUGUCUGUAUUGUGAACUCUCCUUCUCUUUAUAAAGUUAAAGAAUAAAGGAAUAGAACCUUUUUCUGCUCCACAGUAUUCAGUCAGCCCACAGGAAUAUGCAAAUCCCUCUGCCUAGUUUUCUUUCACUAUAUCCUUUUUGUUCCAUAUAUUUUGCAGCUUUGUAGUAACAGUGUUAACAUUCACCGUACACAAACAACAAAAACCCCAGAUACAUAACAUAAACCUGCUUUUUCUCCCAUUGUAUUUUUUUAUAAUAAUGUCACUUAUAUUAUACUUUGCAUUGUGUCUCUAGAAAUAUCUUCUUUUUUACUUUGGUAGAAGGCCUCCAUAGAACAAACACUGCAAACCACAACCAGCAUGAAAAUGGAAGGAGAGCUUCAAUGGCACCUAAAAGUAAUACAUCUUUCAUGAGAUCUAUUGGGGGAGAUCUCAUGAAGUGAACUCUGCCUACCAGGCAAGGUUUCCAUUAAAUCAAGCUUACAAAGCCAAUUUUGUCUUGAAGUCAAUGCAUGUAUUACUGUUUGACAGUAAAACCCGGCUAUGCCACCAUCAAGUCCAAGGCUGUGCAAUAGUCUAAUUAGUAUCGAGUACAUUUUCCUUUUAUUUUUUCCAAUAAAAAAGCAGUGGGAUGAAAAUUGCUUUGAUAUAUAGCAGGUAACAUUGAAGCUAUUCCAUAGCACUUAACUGUAGUGAAUACUGUGUCACCAAUUCUGAAAUCAAUUUAAUGUUUAAUGCAAAUCCAUUACAUGGUGCUAUUACAGGCUGGCAAAAUGAUUUACAAAAAUGUGACAACUUGGGCUCAAUUCACUCUGCUUUCCAACAAUGUAAAUGCAUAGCAGUGUUUAUCUGCAUGAGAACUAUGCACUAAUAUAAAUCUGAAAAAAGAAAGAAAUAUAUCAACUUUGGUAUCUAGUUUCCGUUUACUACAAUCCUUGCCUUUUUGGUCAUUAUUAUAAAUGCCAGCUUUAGGACAGAAAGAAAAUAUAAGAAAACCAGCAUAAUAUCUGAUAUAUUAAAAAUGUAGUGCCUGUGAAAUCUGUAUUAUAUUGCUCUUCUGAAGUAAGAUUUUUCUACACCAGUAGCCUUCGCUGUCUGUCAGAACCUUCUGAUAUAGGUGAUGUAAAAUAACCGUACAAUAUUAAUGCAUGCUAUUCCAUAAUGCUUAGUGAGCUGUAUGAAUAUUACUCAAAGUUAUGUUAGUCUUUUUUUUCCUGACUUGGUUCUUGUCAGAUAGGUUUAAAGAUAUUUCACUGAGAACACAAUUUCUGUUUUUUUCUUGAUUUGGGGUGUUUUCAGUAUUUUGGAGAUAUACAUUUAACUUAAAAUUCAGUAUUAUUUGUGGGGGGCAUUCUUUGUUCUUGAGGGCAGGCAUGGGGUUUGGAUUUUAAAAAAAAAAUCUCUGCCUGGUGCGGUUUUUUUGUUUUGUUUUGUUUGCUUAAAGCAUCCAUAAGAACUCUUAAGAGCUCGAUCUCAGAAGAAAAACAAGACAUCACGUUUCAAAGUAAGGGACAAUUCUCAAACUUGGAACUGACCUUGAAAGUGGUUUCUUAACGGACAAUAUUCAAACCAGGUACCCAUGCUUUGCCCUUCUUCACACCAGACCUCCUUACAUUAAAACAAACUGUUUAAGAACCUUUAAAAACCCAACCUCAUAUGGCUGUUUAGUUUCAUGCACUGUUGCAUUUUUUUUCCUUCAAAACUGUAUACACUUUGGGCCCGAUUCAUGAAUGGUCACUAGGCAUUAACAUAGAGUUUUGGUGUAUAAUUUUUAUCCAAAUUUGAGAACUUUUUAUUUCUAUCAAAGGCAAAUAUAACUUCAGCACAUUGUUGUUACCAGUAUUUCACCUGAUUUUCAUGUCCACCCGAGCACUACAAGGAGGCAGAACAAGAAUUUGUGGUCACCUUCACUUAUGUACAUUACUUGACAUGAAGGGAAGAAAUUCCUGUGGUAGUACUAAUUUGCCAAGAGCUUCCUUAAUUCUGCACUCUGCACAGAUAUAAGAGUUUUACUCUCUUGCUAAGCAAAAUAUCAUUCUCUUGGCCAUAGCAAAAUCUACUAGAUUUUGUUGAGGGGUUUACACUACUUUUUAUGACCUUCCCUAGUGCAAAGCAGUGUGAGAGAAAACAUUUACAAGUCAGUAUUCACUAGAUAUUUCCUUAUUCAAUCGUGCCACUCAAUCAUUGAGUGGCAAGCCUCAGAUCAGUGAACUAUUUUUUUUUUCCCAAAUAGAAAGCAAGAAAUCUGGUCUAGAUGAAAAGAGCAUUUGUGGAAAACCUGGGGAGUGAGAAGUUUGACAAUUCAGUGUAGAGGAAUCAUUUCAUCUCAGUGUGAUCUUAGAGAGCACAAGCAUUAAACAACGUGGCUAAGAGGACAGUCUCUCACCUGUACCUCACUUUUCUUGCUGCUAUAAGAAGGCAGGAAAUUGUGGUUUUGCAGUUAUUUUGCAGAAUUGUAAAAUAUGAUAUUGUGAGAAAGUCCUCAAUAUACAUACUGUUGGCUUCUUUGCACAAUUAGGGAUUUACUGGCUCACUUCCUCAGUUCUAUCAGAUAAUCUUCAUUACAUUUUUCAAUUUGGUGAAACAAAAGCAUUUCCAAUAGGUAUGGGAAAGAUCUGCUACAAAAUCACUUAACCCUUGUGUUAAUACCCCUAUGUCUCCACUUUUUAUGAAUCGGGCCCCUCGUGCCUCUAGAAUCCUUGUAUUGACUCAUAGUUACCGUUUUAGUUUUACUGUGUUCUGUAAAAAUUUGCAAUUGGUUGAGAAUCACUGUGGGCAUCCAUUCUUUUCUUUUUUUUAAACUAAAUCUCUGCAGGUUUUUUGAGCUGGUGUGGAUUAGUUUAACACUUGUAUUCAACCAUUAGUGCUACCACCCUCUCACAUUACAAUACGAUUACUGGAAGCAAGUACUGCAUUUCCUAUGCAACAAAAAAGGAAAAUAAAAAAUUGCUAAUGCUAA